AGGAAUAUAGUGUUUCAAUCGCUUUCCAUUGUUGGAUCUCCUAUUGUGGAGUAUUGCCAAGAAAUUAGUUGUCACAAAAACAUUUAUUUACGUCUCUCUCUUUAUUCCCUCUGUUCCUUCCGAUUUUGAAGCCUUUUUACAAAAAUCUCCCAUGCUUCUUCACUCAACUUGCUCUCUUUCCAUCGCCAUACCCUUGUCUAUCUCUGCCCUUUGUUUUUACUAACCCUUUCCCCUCCACUUUAACUCUUAAUUAAUUUCAGUUCUGUUUUGGGGCAAUUCAUUUUUUCACUAUUUCCCCAAAUUGAAAUUCUUCUACCCCCUUUAUCUGGCUCGCAUCGCAACUGGGGGCAAUGUCACAAGGCUAUUCCAUUGAGUUGUACUUUGACCCUGCGCUGGAAAACCAGGUCCUAAAGGCAUGGAAUGUAUUGGCUCGGCGCCAGAUUAGCACUCAGCUUAUUGAGAUUGAGUCUAGGCCUCACAUUACUCUGUUCUCCAGUUCGCUUUUUGAUCCUCUAAAACUUGAGAACAUUGUAAAGAAUUUUGCUGCCAAGCAAGAACCUCUGCCGUUGUCCUUUGGUUCAAUUGGAAGCCUCCCGAGUGACAGUGAUACUCUGUUUCUUGCUCCAACUCCAACUUUGUCUCUCCUUCAGUUCCAUUUGCAGUUGUUUGAUGCAAUGAAAAAGGAGGGAAUUGAAAUGGGGGAAGAGUAUCGUCCUGACACAUGGAUUCCUUAUUGUGCGGUAGCUGAAGAAGUGCCUACAACUCGUAUGGGCGAGGCAUUCACUGUUCUGAGGGAUUUGAAAUUGCCUGUUGCUGGGUAUGCAACGGAUAUUGCACUUGUCGAGUAUCCUCCACUUUGUGAAGUGUUCUCAUUCGUGCUUGGUAAUGCAAUUGAACUGUGAAGCUUUAAACAUGCAAUUCUGAUGAUUUAGUUUAGGUUUUAUCUUUUGAAUUCCUCUAUAUUGCUGUUGUAGAAACUAAUCGACAUGGUUGAAGUGCUGUUAUAGUUUCAAAAAUCAUCCUUUCUUUUCUCUGGAUAUUAGAGUCAUAGCUGAUUUUUUGUUAUUGCUUGUAGUUGCAAUUGAGAGUUUUCCUAAUGUGAGUUCCAGCGCUGACAUGCU